GGGAUGUUGUUCGCGUUUGCUCUUUACUCCUUCGGCUCCGACUCGGGCUUCGCAAGCGCUGCGCCCGGUGGCCCCACGUCCUAGACACCGCUUGCUGGGGGGAUGGGGGAUGGCAGGCUCGAUGUGCGCGCGAAGGUAUCGACCCGCGGGGGGAUGUGCUGAGAUCUGCCAGCUCCCCCAGGUGACAAGGUGGGGGGGAAUCUCCCUGGUGGCCGGCUUCGGGCUCCCCUCGCUGGGGGCUCGCUGCCUUGCCCCCGGGGCCCAGCUUGUGCCGUCGCUGCGCGGGACGGGGCUGGGCCUGACUGUAUGAAAGGGGUCUGGGGGGUCAGCUCCUCCCCGCCCGCCGCCUGCGCCGCGAGCCAGGGGCCCGGCCCGGCAUCCCCGGCCUCGGAGGACACCGCGUGGAGCAGGAGCCCCCAGGACGCAGCGAGGGCGGAGGAGGCGCCGCUUCGCCAGCGCCAUCUCCUCCCCCGUCCGGCCGCCGCUGCCGCUGGUUGGUGCUGGCGGCGGGGGCCGGGCCAGGCGCGGCGCGGCGCGGCGCGGCGCGGGCGGGGGCUGCGGAGCCGGAGCCGGGGCCGGGCCGCGCUGCUCGCAGUCCGCUCCGGCCGGCGGCGGAGUUGGCGCGGGGAGGUACCGGGGCAGGGCAGCGCGGGGAAAGUUGGCGCGGGGGCAGCAGGAAAGUUGCUCGGGCCGCUGCGCCCGUCCCGUCCCGUCCCGUCCCGUCCCGUCCCGCUGCGCCCGAGCCCUGCCCCGGGGGGCACCGCCGGAGGCCCCUUGGCGCCCGUCGCCCCCGGGAGCGCAGCGCGGGAGCCGGCGGCGAUGCCGCCCGGGAGCCCCGCGCCCGCCCGCCCGCGUUGGGGCGUCGCGCUGUGGCUGGGGCUGCUGGGGCUGCAGGCGGCGCUGGGCUGGGCCGGGGCCAGGGCCAGGGCCGGGGGCUGCCCGCCGCCCUGCGAGUGCUCAGAAGCGGCGCGGACGGUGCAGUGCGCGGGCCGGGGGCUGCGGGAGGUGCCCCGGGACCUGCCGCCCUCCACGCGCAGCCUCUCCCUGACGGGCAACCCCCUGGGCAGCCUGCCCGCCACCGCCUUCCCGGCCCUGCCCGAGCUGCGCGACCUCCGCCUGAGCAGCUGCGAGCUGCGGGCCGUGGAGGCGGACGCCCUGGCCCCCCUGCCCAGCCUGUGGCAGCUGGACCUCCGCAGCAACCCGCUGGACUUCGUGAGCCCGCGGGCCUUCGGCAACGCCAGCAGCGCCCUGCGGGAGCUCAGCCUCGCCGGUGCCCUGGCCAACCUCAGCGCUGUGGCUGCCCUGCUGCAGGGGGGCGCGCUGCCCAGCCUGGCCCACCUGGACCUGGCCGACAAUGGGCUGCUCUCCCUGCCCGAGGGCAUCUUCUCCGCCCUGCCCAGCCUGCAGCACCUGGACCUGCGCAACAACUCCCUGGUGAGCCUGCACAACGUGUCCUUCCAGGGCUUGGGCCAGCUGGAGAGUCUCAACCUCAGUGACAACUCCCUCAUGCGCCUGAGGAACGCCACCCUUUCCCAGCUCCGCAGCCUGCCCAGGCUCCAGAGGAUCGGCCUCAGCCACAACCCCUGGGUCUGCGACUGUAACAUCGAGGACAUGGUGAACUGGCUCAAGGAGAGCAACCAGGUGGAGGGCAAGGGCUCACUGAGCUGCUCCUACCCCGACGGCCUGUUGGACAAGCCGCUGGUGAAGAUCCGCAGUUCGGACCUGAACUGCUCCCUGCCAGUCGACAUCCAGUCCCAGCUCCAGACUUCUUACGUCUUCCUAGGGAUAGUCCUGGCCCUCAUCGGAGCCAUUUUUCUCCUGGUUUUAUAUUUGAACCGAAAAGGAAUCAAAAAGUGGAUGCACAAUAUCAGGGAUGCGUGUAGGGAUCACAUGGAGGGAUAUCACUACAGAUACGAGAUCAAUGCAGACCCCAGGUUGACAAACCUCAGCUCCAAUUCAGACGUCUGAGGAAGCUGUGGAAAAAGCAAGACAACGCACAAUAGCAAUGCAUGAAAUGUAGACUUAAGCUUUACCCCCAUGCUUGCUCCCCCUCUCCCAGAGAAAUGACAGACUUAUUUGUGCCAUGCGGGGAAUAUGCCUCCAUGUGAUGUCAAGUUCAUUAUUGUUUUCUGUUAUCCUGAGAUAUUGAGCAAUUGUGCAUGGUGUUGGGCUGUACAUAAGAAAUAUGCUGCUACUCCCUCUCCCCCUACUUAACUUUGGAACUUGCUAUCAAUGCUUGUUUGGGGAAAGAAGUUCAAAAUCAAAAAGGAAAAAAGGAUUUUCUUUCUUCAGAUGCUCCCAACGUACCGGAGUGUUUAGAAUGCACCAAUACAGAUACCAUUCAACAAAAGCUGCCUCAGCCUUUUUUGGGAAAAAAAAAUGUUAUACUCAUCAAUACUGGUUUUGUUCUUAUGUAUCCUAAUUGUGAAGAAACAAAAACCCGUAUUCCAUAGACUAUCUACCGGUUUAACAAAGCUUCUUUUAACAAAUCCCUCUGUACAAAGAAGCAAAUAAGAUAGUGAGCAUGCACAAAUACUUUAUAGUUUUACAUGUUAGGGGAAACUUACAACCUCAGUAAGACGCUGACUAUUUUGUAAAGUUACUUUUGAUUGCAGUUUACAUGAAAACAGAAUGCUUUUUUAUAUAAACUGCAUAUACUCAGUUUCAACUGUUAAAUUCAAUAAACCUUCUUAUAGGAACUAUGGCUGUGUUGAAGUUUGCUGUUUAAUAGUCAAACUCUGAAUAAAAUGCACAGAAAUCUAAGAAUGCGAACAGUAUUAUAUUCUCCAAGGAGCAGUAACUGUACGAUCCAAUUUCAAGGGAAUCUUGCUUCUGUUUUACAGGCUGGAGAGAUAGGAGUCCAGAUUAAAGUUUUAGGGCCAGAUUCACAAAAGCUAUUUAGGCACCUAACCCUCCUCAGUGGGAACAGGAUUUAAACUCCUUUCCGCAGUGGAAUUUAACUGCCUAAAAACCUUUUGAACCUGGCCCUUAUUUUCUAGGCUUACCUAUUCAUGUGGCAACUUGUGAAACACAGGAUGAGAAUCCAAUUUCACCUAAUACAUAAUUCUCCCUCUCCCUCAGGGCAAAUGCUAGAUUUUUCCUUAGUAUUACAAUCAGACUACAGAUCAGUGAAGUUUGCAUGAAGAUUCCCACACCAUAUUUUUCUUUUUAAAUUGAGAUUAGAGAGAUCGAAAGCUAUAAAAAGUUUUACCAACACUUUGUUAUCUUUAAAAAUAUGUAUUUUCAUAGGUUACAGCAAACCAAAUGUGGUCACAUUCUGAAGUGUGUGGGUUUCAGGAACCUGUGUAAAUCAAGGCAGAACUUGGCACAGUAAACUAAAUGUUUAUAAUUUACAUCCCUCAUGCAGUAUUGCAAAAGUCUCUAUUCUGAGUGUUCGAGAUGUUAUUUAAUGCUAAAGUUAAUUUAAAAAUUACUAAUUGGUGAUCCUCAAUAAGUCUUGUGUACAUAUUCAGGCUUGAUUGUCUGUGUGUGUGUGUGUGUGUGUGUGUGUGUGUGUCUGUGAGAGAGAGAGUCGGAGACAGAGAGAAUGCCAUUUUUUAACUAUUAAUCCAAAACGUAGGAAAACUCAUAAAAAUAUCUAGUAUUUAAACUGAUGACAUGUUUUAGAGGGGUUGCAGCUGAAUCAUCUGUAGUGAUGAGUAACAAACUUUUCUUAUAAACAUGUAGAUUCUAAAUGAAAAGAUUUGUUCACAAACUUUGAUAACUGCCUUCAUAUUUUAGCCCUUUGGUAGUAUACUUCAACUCUUAUUUUGUUAUCUGAAAUGGUAGUAAACAUAUUAUAAAAUAUAUAAGCCUAGCACUUCUUGUUCUAACAGCUAAAUAAUUAUUUUUGUUAAUAUCUGCCUUUCACAUCAGGGUUCAUGAUUGUAAAGCAGUUCUUAAGAUAGUGGGUAAAAUAACUUAAACUUAAUUUGACAGUUGUGUCUAUUUUAAAUGCAAAUUGUAUAGCUAUAGUUUGUGGCAUUCUUAAAAAAACUUUAUGAUAAGGCUAACUUUUUGCUAGUUAAUAUACCUUAUUUCAAAGCUAUCAGUGAUUUCUUUUUUUAUUUCAAAUAUACAUCUGUACAUUUAAUUUCAGGAGUUAUGGAAAAGGAGGUACAUUCAAGGUUCUAAUGUAGUGAGCUGUUUUAAGAUUAAUGUCUUUUAUUCCUCCUCCUAGUUUAUAUUCAUGAAUUAUAUUAGGAUUACAGUAUAGUAAUGUAUAUGUAUAUAUAACAAAUUACUUGCCCAAUGUCACUUAAAUAUUUUAAGAACAGUACAGUUACUAUAUGAAUAACUUACCAUGAAACAGCGCCAAAAUCUUUAAAGCCCAUGAGUACUUUGUAAAUAGAAAAAAUUGUGUACAAUUUAUAUUAGUUACAUGAUAAUUGUUAUACCAGAAUUUAAAACUUGGUAGAUAUGCAACUUUAUAGACUAAAUUCCAUAUAUAGAGAGAAAUCACAAGCUGUUGUGAAUGCAAGUUCUUGUGCUGUCUCGAUUAUGUCUUAGUUUGUAAAGGUGCAUAUACAGCCUGACUUCUGUCUGCAUUCAAACUAACAUGGCUCUUAUUAGGGAUUGUCAACUUCAUAUGCUUACGGCUAACAGCAAUCCGUUCUGAACUUUGGCUGGUCAACACUCCUACAAUAUAUCUGUUACUAUUAAUUAACUGUACUAACAGUGAUAGCAGUAGCUAUCGUCUAAAGUAUGUGCAUGCCAAGCUGUCUCCUGGAAUGCUUAGUCUUCACUAAAACAUAAGUUAAAAAUUCAUACUGUGAAACAUCAGUCAGACAUAUCUAGCUAAUUCAUGUGACACUACUAUCUGUGUAUAAAAUUACUCACAGGUAGGUAGAUACCUGACCAUUUUAGUCACAAUACAUAUCUAAAGACUUUAGCACAUCAGUGUUUGUCAGUGGGCAAAUAUCAGUGCUGUACAGCAUUUUUAUACAACUGAAAGUUGUUGUAGUAGAAUUAUAUUAAAACAUUGGUGAUACCAACAGUAAAAAUGUGUUUCAUCAUUUGCUUUCAUGUGCAUUUUCUGCAUAUGACCACUGACCUGUUGCAGUAUUGUGUUUAGCCAAUAUGCCUACAUUUUUUUUGGCUCACAAUGAACAUUUUGGUAUUUUGUGGAUGAAUUUGAUCACUAAAUUCCACUUCUGUGGUGGUUGGAAAUUGUCUUCUUUUCCUGCUAUGAAGUAUUUCAGUGGCCACAACAGAUAUUAGAAAGAGAGUUAUAAAACUGCAUCAGAAUUUUUAAAAAGUAUGUAUUUAAAAUACUUCAGAAUAACAGGGUUAUCUGAAGUGUGUUCCUGCCCUUCCCCUUACUUAUCCUGUUUUGACACCAGAGGUGUUAUUUGAUUACUACUUCCAAAGACAUUUUAAAUAGUGGUGGGGCUGUUUUAUUAAUUUAACAUUUGACAACAAGUGCGACAGCAUGUAAAACUAUAAGGUGUCUUGUGUAUAUGUGUAUGUAUAUAUAUGUGUGUGUGUGUAUAAACAUACAUACAUACAUAUAUAUAACUGAAAGUUCAAAAUCAGCUAGUUGACAUUCAUGUUUCAUAGGAAAUAGCAUCUACAUUAAAGCAGGGACAAAGCUUCAGAGAAGAAUGACCAGCUUACCAAGGUCCUGAAAAUAGUUCAAUGACAAUAAGCCCACUCUUCUUUAAAAGGAAAAAACAGAAUGGAAUUAGAAGAUUUUUAAUAUUACUCUUAUAAAUAUGAACAAAUGUGAAUUUGAGUAGUUUGUUAUUGCCCAAAUUCAGUGACAGAAAAUUCCCAAAAUCUUUUUAUUCCUAGUCUGGUAUCUGCUAGGUAGAAUAACGUUUUAUAUACUCCACAAGAUAAAACCUAAACCACUACUUCUGAAACCCCAUUGGGAAUAUUAUACAUCUGUCCUUUAAGUCAGUCCAACUUUUAAGCGCUGUUAAUACCAAGCAGCUAGCCAGAUGAAGCCCCCUACCCAAACUAAUACACAGUGGUGGACAAUGAUUCCAUUGAAGAUGUAGACACAGCAGUAGCAUAUUGAAGUUCAUUGCUCUGCAAGAUAAAGCUCUACUUUUCUAACUAUUAGAAAUCUUUUCAGAGAAUUUGUUACAUAUCUAAAUGAUUAGUAUAUUUUUCUCCCCUUCCUGUCUCCCCUUAAAUACCCUUGCAGAAAAGCCAUGAAAAUCCCAUAUAUUAAAAAUAAAAGACUGAAUGCAACUGCAUUUUGGGAUUUACCAUUUUCUUUUGCCCUUAAGUUUUAACAUUAAAGGGGCCCUUGUCAGAGCUGACAGGACCAGAAUUUGACAUACACUCUCUCUCUUUCUCUUCAGCAGCUGUGUUCAUCAGCAACCUUCAAUCAUUCUGUGAGAAUAUGAUGAAGAAAAUAACAUUUGGUAAGAAAAUAUUUCAGUUUCAAGCUUCAAAAUGAUUUUUAUAUACUGUGAGGGGAGGUUCAAAGGAAAAAUUAUUUUUAAAACUAUGAAAGAGACCAUAAGAAUGUCCUAUUUUUAAUUUCUCAACUAUGAUCAGAACACAGUUGAUAAUGGGCUCAAUCAAUACUUGUAUUUGUCAAAGAUCCCGUAACUUUUUUAUAUUAUGGACAGUCUUUAAAAAUAUACACAUAAUUUAUUUUUCUAAUACUCAGCAACGUGAUUGUACAAAACAAAUGGAGCCGCUUCCUGUAAUAUUUUAAUUCAGGCAUUUCGAAUGUUAUAUUUGGUGGGGCAUAACUAGUUUUUUUUAAUGAAUGUAUACAGCAUUGAAAAGUAAAGUGAUACUUUACAAAUGGAUUUUUUUUUUUAUACCAAUGGGUUUUCAGUGCUCUUGUAGGUGCUAGGUCUUUCCAAUUAUCAGAGAGCAAACUUGCUGUCUCUAACAGUAUUAUGAGCAUGAAUUAGUCAAAGACAUGCAUUAAUUUUAGUCAGACUUAGACUAUAUCUAUACAUGUUCAUGGGAGCACAUUACUGGCAUAGGAAUAUUUUUUAUAGCAUACUAGCAAAGUGCUUUUAGUAUGAAUUUACCAAUACAUACUAGCAGAUCUGUACUUUGUACCAGGAUAGUGCCCACUUUUCACACAUCUGCCCAUCUUGAGAGAAAUAAGCUCUACUGCCCAUGUAAGUGCAGUACCUAAACUAGGGGCUUCUGCCAGAACGUUGAUGUUGCUGAAAGAUCAUACAUUUUCACGGUGAACAAAUACCUCUUUGCUAGGUACACUUAGCUUUAGAUUAGGCCUUAUAUCUCCAAUGUAAUCCUAAAUCAAAAUUAUAAAACGAGAAACCAGUAAACAAAUAUGUGUUAUUUUAACAAAUGCAUUUAUAUUUUAACACUUUAAAACUUGUAAUUAUUUUCAGUUUUCAAAGCAUUCACAGGACAGCAUUUUCUCUUUUGUGUGGCCCAGCAUGAUGGCAUGCUAGUGAAAUAAUGUGGCAUUUUUGAGUUUGUACAUUCUUUAAAAAUUAUGUAUGAAGGGAAUGUCUUGCAUCUAAAAAACAGUAAUGAAUUUUAAUAGAUAUUGUGAUAAAAGAUUGACAAAGUUACUCUAGUAUGUUUGAUUAUUGUCGGAGUUUCAUGCAUGCAAGAGAUUUGUCAAGUUAUUAGAUUUGGGGCACUGACGCUAUAAUAAUUCUUCAGCAAAGCCAAAAUAACAAAGCCAAAAUAACUUGUCCAUCAGAUUGCAAAUAGAUGUGUGCUUGCUCUCUUGAUUUAAGUACUUCAAAUCUUCCUAGGCAAUGUUACAGUGUGGUUUUAAAGACAAAAGUAUUUUUUCUUUACAGUACAUAUUGGUUACUGUGGUGCAAAUUUACAUUAACAACUGUUGAUAAAAGCAAUUUCUACAUAGAAUGAAUAAAUGCAUUUUAAAAUUAAAUUAAGUAAGUGAUGUACUGGCUGUAUCCUCAUAAUUCCUCUUGUUUUGAAUGUAAUUUGAUAGUUUUAUAUUUCUAACUUUGAAUAAAUUUACUACUUACUUUUUCAA